AUGCUAUUCAAAUCUCUUUUCGUUAUAUUUAUCAUUAUAUCCGUGGGUGAACUAACACGCGCCAAUGAUGAUAAUAGUCCCUAUACUGUGGAAAUAGAUAAUUUUGAAAUCAGCAAGGAAUAUGAUCAGAAAUAUGUAAACUGGGAUACUUUGGGUUUGCAGCAAAAAGGACGAAAUAAAUUUGUGGUGGGUGGUUCGUUUACAUUGAAUCUAAAUUUGGCUGAUGAGCAAAAGCUCAAUUUGCAAGUCUUCCCCUAUGACAAGGACAAGCAAGCCAAGGGUCCUUUAGUUUUCAAUAUCGAGCGAGAGGUUUGCAAAUUUAUAGCCGAAGAUGAGGAUAUUUAUCCGGGCAUUAAGGAUAAAUCUAAUUUGCCGGAUCCUGAGACUUGUCCCUUGCCCAAGGGAGAGUAUACUAUUGAAGAUUAUGAGAUGAAUGCUGAUUUCUUGCCCGCUGACACUCCCAAGGGGGAUUAUUUGCUGGUGUUUCUGUUGAAGGAGGGCAUGUCGCCAGUUGCUGGAUUUACGGCUAUUAUAACGAUUUCGGAUUGA